AGCCGAACGACACUCACACCGCCCAAUGGCACCGCCGCGAAGGGCAGGCCUCGGGGGGUGGUCCCCGUCCCCGCACGGCUGUUUGAACACCGGCGACGGUUGGCGGCUGGUAACGGUCGCGGCGGGAGGACGGGAGCAGCUGGGCCCGGUCAGGUACCGGGGGCCCGUGGGGACGCCGAGCAGCUGGGUGGGCCCCGUCCACCUCAGUACAGCCCUCCAUCCCCAGUGCCGCCCCACAGCGAGAAAUCAUGGAGGAGGCGACAGGACCGGACAGCUAUAGCUGGGUCGCUCCUGAGGAUGAGGAGCAGCUGGCAGCUGCGCCGGCCCUGAGCCGGCUGUACACUCAGCAAGGACGCAGCGAGGAGCGGGCACGUCCCCGUGAUGAUCCCUAUGCCGAGGCCUCCCUCUUUUUUGGGGUACGACCAGCCCUUCCUACAUUUUCCGAGGAUCGGAGGGGAACCAGGAGGUUGGUGAUGAAAAGGAAGGUGCUGAGGCGCAGACCUGAUGGAGGAGUAGAGGUCUCUGACGAGUCAGUGACCAGCGAGCUGGAGAGUGACGCCGAGGUUUGGGACCUGAGGCAGAAAAUGCUUCAGUUAAGGACCGGUCCAGAGGACAGCAUCUCCGAGGGGGAAAUUGAGACGAGCAGCAGCUCUCUCGAUGAAUCCCCUUACCGGUGGUCCCAUGGGGACAGCCCUCCCUUUCUCCUUGGGGAUUUUGGGAGCCAGAGCUCUCCUGCAUCUCAGUACACCGCUGCGGCAGGACAACCCAAGUCCUUCAUUCCUCCGCGGUUUGAGCCACUGGGCCGUAACCGGGGAAAAACAGACCGGGUGGCCAAAUAUUUUGAAUAUAAACGAGAAUGGGAAAAAUUCCGAAUCCCAGGGGAGGAUCAACGGCAAGAACUGCGCUGGGGUAUCCGGGAGCAGAUGCUCUGCAGACCCGAGCUCCCCAGCAAGCCGCAGCACCUCUACGUCCCCAACGAUUACACCGUGCCGACCGAAAAAAAGAGAGCUGCCCUGCGCUGGGAGGUGCGCUGGGACCUGGCCAACGGCCUCAUCCCCAGAAAAAACACCUCCUAGUUUCCUAAAGCCCCGCUCCACACCAAUCUGUUAAUGCUGCUCUUCUCAGUACUUUAUUCCUCCUCAAAAUCCUUGAUCGUUCGGAAAAAUCUUUUUUUUUUUUUUUGGCAUUUCAAGCAGGUUUUAUACCUUACACAGCACCUCGGGUUAUUAAAUGGGCUGGGUAAAACAUCCCAGCAUCCCUGCCGCAUUGUGCAAAGUUACGAAGAGCAGGGGUACGGAGAGCAGGCACCGAAAAACCAGGCAGCCCGUGAGACUUUCCAACUAUCAGGAGAAAUAAGAACAGCAUACGCGAUUUUUGGGCAUCUAAUCGCCCCUAGAUUGUUGUGUGAGCUGUUGAGGUGGUUUUACUGAUGGUGUCUCAGCAAUAUCUUCCUUUAAUAAAGUGUGUGGAAAGAU